UAUUUGUGUAUUUCUAUAUAUUUCUAUAUAUUCUUAAAUGCUGAUAAACAAUCGAAUUUGAUUCGUCAUUUCCAUAAUCAGAAAGAAUCAAAUUUAUUUAAUUUUUUUUAAAUAUAAACUGUCGCAUAAGUCACACUCUCGUAUUCGAUACAUUUACACAUCAACUAUCAUGAAAAAAUAUUUUUACAUUCAAAUACAUCUUAAUAUUGAGUGACCUGUGUAAGAAUAUUCAUAACUUGUAUUGCAUGCAAAGUCCAAAUUUUUUAAACAAUCGAAAAUAUUAAAGGAAAAAAUAUUAAUUGAAAUAGAAGAACAAUUCUUUUGAUAUUCGAUUCUAUAUAAAUGUAUCUUAUCUAAUCAUUAGAAGAAAACGAAAAAACAGUUAAAUAAUUAUAUAUACGAAAAUAAUUAUAUAUUUGAAAAUGAUCGUUAUUUUACAGUUGCUUCAUUAUUAUGCAGAUCCAAUGUGCAUUUAAAUUUAAAUGUCAAAAUUUCAAUCGAUUAAACAACGAUCAUAAAUAUUAUCAAUGGCGAACAAAACCACGAAAGAGCUCGUUGAAACUAACGUUUGUGCAUCAAAGGAAUGUAACGGAAUAUAAUCGUUCAUUAAAUACAAAAUAAUUUCAUUCUUUACCAGUGCCAGUGUUACACUACAGAAGUUGCGUAAUUUCUCUUCCCAGUACGUAAAUAAUAUAUUAUUUUGAUAAUACUGACGCAAUGAUAAUAACAAGCUUGCUUGAAAGAUCUACGCUCUUAUAUCUUUAUAAUUAUGGACAAUCUCUCACUUUUCCAUUAGCUGCGAUAUAUUUCAAAAGAAAAUCUUGAUUAUAUUCGGAACUGGUGAAAAUUUUCUGGUAAAGCGAUGGCAAUAACCAAGAAGUUCACGUUUUUAACAUUUUUGGGUAGAAAUAUACGCAAUCAAAAAUGUCGAUUUUUCUCCGUAAGCUACUUUCGAUAUGGAACCAUCGUCCCCUUCAAACUAUCGGAUAUCGGAGAAGGAAUUCGAGACGUCACGAUAAAAGAAUGGUACGUGAAACCAGGCGACCGAGUGUCUCAAUUCGAUAACAUUUGUGAGGUUCAAAGCGACAAAGCAUCUGUGACGAUUACCAGCCGUUACGACGGAUUAAUUAAAGCCUUGCACUACAAGGUGGAUGAUAUAGCUUUGAUAGGGAAUUCAUUGCUGGACAUUGAACUAGAUGACGAUAAUGAAAACGCACAAGAUAGGACAACGAUCUCUAAGAAUCUGCAACAGCAGCAACAACAAACCACAAAUAUUAAAAGUAAACCAAAUUUUGAAAGCAACGAAGAAAAGCACAUAGUAAAAUGUGGAUUAGAAAGAACUUUAGCCACUCCUGCAGUUAGAAGGAUAGCUAUGGAGAAGAAUAUUAACUUAAAGGAUAUUGUUUCCACUGGUAAAAAUGGUCGAGUACUUAAAGAAGAUAUAUUGACUCACUUGGAAAAAAUUUCUGUUAAUCCUAUGAGAAAAAGAGUCGAAGAAAAAUCAACAGUGGAGACAGUGGUGCCGAUAAAAGGUUAUAGCAAACAUAUGUGGAAAACGAUGACGCAAUCCUUGAGUAUACCACAUUUUGUAUAUAGCGAUGAGUGUAAUAUUAACAGAUUGAUGGAUUACCGGAACGAAGUGAAAGAUUCACUGAAAGAUCAAGGCGUUUCAUUAAGUUUUAUGCCAUUCUUCAUAAAAGCCGCAUCUAGAGCAUUAGAAAAAGUGCCACAGUUAAAUAGCUGGCUUGAUGAGGAAAAUCAAGCGUUGCGCGUUCAAAAGAGCCAUAACAUUGGUAUUGCUAUGGAUACAUCUGAGGGUUUAAUUGUACCGAAUAUUAAAGAUGUUCAAAAUUUGAAUAUCAUAGAGAUUGCGAAAGAAUUAAACCGACUACAAAAACUUGGAAAAGAAUCUUCGAUUCCAUUAAACGAUUUAUCGAAUACAACAUUCACAUUGUCAAAUAUCGGUGUUGUUGGUGGAACAUACACAAAACCAGUGAUUCUUUCUCCGCAAAUUGUGAUCGGCGCAUUUGGAAAAAUACAAAAAUUACCACGAUUUGAUGAUAAACAAAAUAUUAUAGCCACAAAUAUAAUUUCUAUUAGUUGGGCUGCCGAUCAUCGAGUAGUGGACGGUGUUACAAUGGCAAAGUAUUCGAAUUUUUGGAAAUAUUACAUAGAAAAUCCUGUAUUUUUAUUAUUAGGAGUAUAAAAAUGAUAUAUGUCUGAAAUAUUUUAAUAAGCAUCUUUUUAAUGGAAAUUUAUAUAUAUAUAUAUAUAUAUAUAUAUAUAUAUAUAUAUAAUUCAAUAUAUAUAUAUAUAUAUAUAUAUAAUGAUUUGAACUUUAUAUAUAAUAAACAAUCGAGAAUCUUAUAAUUGUAUUUCGAUUUUAUAAGAAUAGAUAUGUAGAGAAUAAUACAAAUUUGGAAACAUUUUAUACGUAAA